AUGAAAGUGAGAAGAAAGCAGACAGAGGAAGACGUUGAUGAAACACAGGAAGAAGGAAAGAAGAAUGUUGGAAAUGCUAUUACCUUACUCCUCCGCAUCACUAUUCUUUGGUGUUACUUCAACGAUCUCUCCGACAGCGACAUUCUCAGGGAGUACGAGUUGUUUCAGAUAGGGCAAUGUAUUUCAAUGAUGACAGUUUCAUGUGAAUUCAGAGAGCUUUCAGAACACAUAAACAUCCCAAGUUGUAUCCCAAUUCAUGGUCGAGAUCUUCCAAAUUCACUUCAACAUCGAUCCAGCCAAGAUUAUAGUAACGUUCUUCGUCGUUCUAAAGCGUUACAUCUUGCUGACGGUAUCUUGGUGAACAGCUUCGAAGGAUUAGAAGGAGGAGCAAUACCAGCCUUGCUGAAAGAACAAAGUAAUAAACAUCCUUCCAUAUAUCCUGUAGGACCUAAUGUGAAUCAAGUGGGUCGCUGGGCUAGUAGCAAUCAUGUGAUCAAUCAUGACGAUUCUGAGUUUUUAAGGUGGCUGAAUAAACAAGAACCUAGGUCUGUGUUAUAUGUCUCUUUUGGAAGUGGUGGGACAUUAUCUCAAAACCAAAUGAAUGAGCUAGCAUUAGGGUUACAACUGAGUGGUCAAAAAUUUCUAUGGGUUGUGAGAGAACCAAAUGAUUUAGCAAGUGCUAAUUACUUCACUGGUUCAAAAGUAGAUCCUUUACAGCUUUUGCCAAAUGGGUUUGUAGAAAGGGUCGUGAAAGCUGGCGGACAAGGCAUGUUGGUUUCUUGCUGGGCACCCCAAGUUGAGAUUAUUAGUCAUAAAGCCAUUGGUGCGUUCUUAGCACAGUGUGGCUGGUUCUCUAUACUUGAGAGUGUUUUGCAUGGCUUGCCCAUUAUAGCUUGGCCCUUGUUUGCUGAGCAGAGAAUGAAUGCUGCUAUUCUAAGCGAUGGCCUAAUCCUGGCAGUGAGGGUAAAGGUCAAUGAGAAUGGAAUAGUGGAAAGGGAAGAGAUUACGAAGGUGAUAAAGAGAGUGAUGAUUGGCGAUGACGGAAUGAGAAUUCGCGCAGCAAUGGAAGUUCUGCAGCAUGAUGCUGUUGAAGAACUGAAACAAGAAGGAAGUUCUAGCAUGAACAUGGCUCGAUUGGGAAUGGAAUGGGAAAAUAGGAGAGGUUGA